AUGGAAGAAUUGAAGUGGAAGAAGCAAUUGGGCCUUGCCGAGAAAUCAUACAGCACAUAUGAACCAAUCACAGACUCUGGCACUCAAUCAAAAACGGCCGUGCCAGAAAAGCGUCGUCGUUGCCGCUCCUUCAUUCUUGGGGCCCUUCUCCUCAUCUCCCUCGUCGUAAUCGUCCCGACUGUAGGCACCCUAUGGUUCAAGAGGAGAGACACUUUGGUAUGGCCAAAAGAUUUCACCAGGCUAGAUCCUCAAGCACCUCCAAGAGCAGCAUUACAUUGCGGGGAUUCCCUUGAGGAAGCGAAAGCACGCGGCUGCAUUUUCGAUAUCGUCACCGCAAACUACAUUCACAGAGACUGCCCUCUCGAUUUCCAGGAUGAGUUCUACUACUACCAGAAUGGGACACCUUGGACAUACUGGAAAGAUCAGAGAGGAACCAUGCCCAUGACGCUCGAGGAACUGGCCGAUGCGGAUGAGUACUACAGCACGGACCGAGAGCAUACCAUCCAUUGCGCGUUUAUACUCAAGCGUCAGCAUGCCGUGAUGGCUCGAGGAGACAGAUUGGACAGUAUGACAGGAGGAUUUGCGCACGCAGAUCACUGUGUCCAAUACUUGCUAGAGGGUCUCAGAAAGUCCGAUGAGCAGUUAGAUAGGAUAACCACGCAUUCUGUAGUUCGUUGGUUGGAUUGUUGA